GGGCACCAAUUGACAGCCGCUGAUAAUUCCCGGCGCCUGCUCUCGCUUCACAUCCGUUUGAAACAGCCAAUGAGAUGGCUUCCGGAUUCUUAGUCAGGCAUCAGCCUUGCAGCUGUUGCAGAAGGUUUUCCUGUCAACCUGCGACAAGGCGAGGCACAAUCGAGUCACCCCGCAGCGCUCGAAUUCCCACCGGCCACAUUUUGAAUGCAGAGCUCGUGGAUACUUGCCAUCCGGUCUGUUCGACCAUCACGACGACUGGCUCCGACAUUGACCUUCCGCCCAACCUGCCUCUCCGCUCCCGCUUCCAGACGGUGCUUCCACAUCUCGUCACCGAGACCCCAGGACAUCAACCCCGCUAUCGAAGACAUGGCGCCAAAGGCCCCCAAGUUCGAGAUCAAGACCCCUAAGGGCACCAGAGACUGGUCCGGCGCGGACAUGGUCCUUAGGGAGAAGAUCUUCAACACCAUCACCAACGUCUUCAAGCGCCACGGCGGUGUAACAAUCGACACUCCUGUUUUUGAGUUGAAGGAGAUUCUUGCCGGGAAAUAUGGAGAGGAUAGCAAGCUCAUUUAUGACCUUGCCGAUCAGGGCGGCGAGCUCUGCAGUUUGAGAUACGACUUGACCGUCCCGUUCGCUCGGUUCCUGGCGAUGAACAAGGACAUUUCACAGAUCAAGCGUUAUCACAUUGCGAAGGUCUACCGAAGAGACCAGCCUGCGGUCAAGAAGGGCCGUAUGAGAGAGUUUUAUCAAUGCGAUUUCGAUAUUGCUGGACUCUAUGACCCAAUGAUCCCAGACGCCGAGAUCAUCAGAAUCAUCAACGAAGUCUUCGAGGGCCUUGGCUGGCAAGGAAAGUACACCAUCAAGCUCAACUCACGCAAGAUUCUUGAUGGCAUCUUCCAGGUCUGUGGUGUUCCCGAGGCCUCCAUCCGCCCCAUCUCGUCCGCCGUCGACAAACUUGACAAAAUGCCAUGGGAGGAUGUCCGCAAGGAGAUGGUCGAGGAGAAGGGACUUGCGCCAGAGAUUGCCGACAAGAUCGGAAAGUACGUCGUGCUUAAGGGCAAGCGGGACCUGCUCGAGCAGCUGCAAAAGGACGAGGAGCUGGCCGCCAACCCCUCGAUGCAACAAGGUUUCGCCGACAUGGAUCUCCUCUUCACCUACCUCGACGCCUUCAACGCCGGCCACAGUGUCUCGUUCGAUCUCUCACUAGCCAGAGGUCUGGACUACUACACUGGAGUUAUCUACGAGGUUGUCACCGAGGGGUCAGCGCCCAAGGUUUCUGCUGCUUCUGCUGAUGCCUCGGCGGAAAAGUCCAAGAAGAAGAAGGGCAAGGCUGGGGAAGAUGAGGAUCGCUCUGAUGACCCGACAGUAGGCAUUGGCUCCGUCGCUGCUGGUGGAAGAUACGACAACCUCGUUGGCAUGUUCUCUGGCAAAACCCAGGUCCCUUGCGUGGGUAUCAGCUUCGGUAUCGACCGUAUCUUCUCCAUCAUGAGGGCGAACCAGGCCAAGAAGGAGAGGAAAAACGAGGUUGAUGUCUUCGUCAUGGCCUUUGGUGGCGGCAAGGACUUUACUGGUUUACUGAAGGAGAGAAGUGAGAUUGCGGCCCGUUUGUGGGACGCUAACAUCAAGGCCGAGUUCCUCUACAAGGUCAAGCCCAAGCUCCAAAACCAGUUCAAGGCUGCCGAGGCGAAUGGUGUGCCGUUUGCGCUUAUUCUGGGAGAGGACGAGCUGGCUCAGGGCAAGAUCAAGAUCAAGGAGAUGGGUCUGCCGGAGGAUCACCCGCUGAAGGAGGGAGAGCUGAUUGAUUUGAAGAACUUGACCAAGGAGGUGCAGGUGAGGAUUGAGAGGAAGAAGCAGCUGGAUGCUAUUGUUGAGCAGGCGGAGGGGUUGAGGGUUGUGGGGGGGAUCAAGGGGGAGGAUGUGAAGGUUGAGCAGCUGGCUAAGGAGGGAGAGGGGGGGGAGGAGGUUAAGGCCGAGAACUAA